GGAAUCCCGGGACCUCCAGGGAAACCAGGGCAGCCAGGGACGAGGGGACCUCGGGGACCCCCAGGACCACAUGGCAAGCCAGGUCGACCCGGUCCACCAGGGUUGAAGGGGAAGAAAGGAGACCCUGGACUGUCUCCUGGAAAGGCACCAAAAGGAGAAAAAGGAGACGUUGGUCUGUCUGGUCCUGUUGGUUUAGUCGGGCCGGAAGGCCGGAAGGGACAAAAAGGCCAUCCAGGAUCACCAGGCCUUCCCGGAGAACCUGGCCAACCAGGUCCUGAUGGAGAAGCUGGAGCCAAAGGCUAUCCUGGCAGGCAGGGCUUACCUGGUCCAAUAGGGCCUGUUGGGCCAAAAGGGGCUCGGGGUUUUAUUGGAAUCCCUGGACUCUUUGGUUUACCUGGAGCUGAUGGUGAAAGAGGUAGUCCUGGUCCACCGGGGAAGAGGGGCAAGAUGGGUAGGCCGGGUUUUCCUGGUGAUUUUGGAGAGAGAGGUCCACCAGGACUGGACGGGGAGCCUGGUGUUAUAGGAGCUCCAGGUCCUCCUGGUGUACCUGGAUUGAUUGGUGAUAUGGGCCCUGUCGGCAUAAUGGGUUUGCCAGGACCAGAUGGACUGAAAGGCGUCCCAGGGAACAUGGGCGAGCCCGGACUGAAAGGUGAUAAGGGUGAUGUCGGGUUUCCCGGAGAGCAAGGGGAAACUGGGUUCCCAGGAGACAAGGGUGUGCAGGGUUUGCCAGGCUUACCAGGACCUCGUGGAAAACCAGGACCCCAGGGCAAGACAGGAGAACGAGGGCCCAGUGGAUUAGCAGGCCCUCCAGGACCCGAGGGUUUUCCUGGCGACAUCGGAAAACCUGGACUCAAUGGACCCGAGGGCCCAAAGGGUAAGCUUGGAGACAGAGGUCUACCUGGACCUCGUGGAGCGGCUGGACGAGAGGGUGAUGAGGGUCCUGUCGGACCACCUGGGCCAAUAGGACUCGAGGGUCUGAUGGGCAGUCAGGGUUUCCCUGGGGCUGCUGGACCUGAAGGGGACAAAGGCGAGCAGGGUGUCACAGGAAAGGCUGGACCCAUGGGUGAGAGGGGUCUCGUUGGCUUCAUCGGUCCUGCAGGGGAGACUGGACUCGCUGGAGAGAAGGGUGAUCGUGGAGAGGUGGGAUUGCCCGGACCUCCAGGAGAGAAAGGAUCUACGGGGCACCCAGGAACCCCUGGAGAGAGCGGCCCACCAGGACCACCAGGCAGUCCAGGCCAACCUGGAUCACGUGGACCUAUCGGCAUGAGAGGACCUAAAGGAAGACGGGGUCCUAGAGGUCCGGACGGUAUGCCAGGUGAACUCGGCUCGGAGGGUAAAAAGGGUCUUGAUGGUCCUCCAGGAAAGAUCGGUCUCUCGGGACAAGCGGGCAAGAUCGGGGAGCCUGGGGAGGCGGGGCCAAAGGGAUUCCCGGGCAUUCCAGGGCCAUCCGGGGCUACAGGAGACAAAGGAAUCGCAGGGGAGCCAGGACUUCCAGGGCCCCCAGGAACACUUGGGCCUACCGGAAAUCCAGGGCCAAAGGGCCCUGCGGGAAAAGUUGGCGAUCCUGGACUUCCAGGAGAACCUGGAGAAAAGGGGUCACUUGGGCCUGUGGGGAACGCUGGGGCAACAGGACUACUCGGAACAAGGGGAGAUCCAGGUUUAGAGGGAGAGGCUGGUCCGGCUGGCCCUGAUGGUGCCAAGGGUGAAAAAGGCGACAUGGGUGGAGAGGGCGAGCAGGGUGUCAGAGGUGACCCGGGAAUCAAAGGGAAAGAAGGGGCUCCAGGCGACCCUGGGCUUACUGGCGUCAGAGGUCCUGAAGGAAAACCUGGCAAAAUUGGCGAGAGAGGGAAGCCAGGGUUUAAGGGUGCCAAAGGUAACAUCGGCCACCUGGGAGAGACAGGAAUCAUGGGAAAGAUCGGACCAGUCGGAACCACCGGACCAAAGGGCUCUCGAGGAACCAUCGGACAUGUGGGCGCUCCCGGGCGUAUGGGGAUGCAAGGGGAUCCGGGGAUAUCAGGAUAUGAAGGUCACAAGGGACCGCAAGGUCCAAUAGGACCCCCGGGACCAAAGGGUGCAAAGGGUGAACAGGGGGAUGAUGGGAAGGUGGAGGGUCCUGCUGGUCCUCCAGGACUCCAAGGUCCAGUUGGAAAGCGAGGAGACAGGGGUGAACCCGGAGAUCCAGGAUACACGGGUCAGCAAGGUGUUGAUGGUUUUCGAGGCAAACCGGGUGCUCCUGGUUUACCUGGUGAUCCUGGUCCUCGUGGGAUACAAGGCCCUAAAGGAUCCAAAGGAGAACGGGGUCAGAAGGGUAAACAGGGUCAGCAGGGAGAGCGCGGCAGCCGAGGCUCACCGGGUGUUGUUGGGUUACCCGGCCCAAGGGGCACCGUGGGUCGAGAAGGACAGGAGGGCGUUCCUGGCAUGGAUGGGAUUCCAGGGAAAGAUGGAAGCAGAGGAAUACCAGGUGAUCAGGGAGAUGAUGGAGAGUUUGGUUUGCCUGGUAAACCUGGGGCACCUGGAAAAGUUGGCGUUAUCGGUUUACCAGGCCCACAGGGAUCAUUUGGUCCAAAGGGUGAGAGGGGCCUUCCUGGGCACACUGGCCCUUCAGGAAAGAGAGGUUUUAAGGGAGGAAUGGGUCUUCCUGGAUCUCAGGGAGACCGGGGUCCUAAAGGUCAACCUGGUGACAUCGGUGAACCCGGCUUUCCAGGGAUGCUGGGAAUGUUUGGACCGAAGGGGCCUCCAGGAGACUUUGGACUAAAGGGCAUUCAGGGGCCAAAAGGGCCGCAGGGCAGCAUGGGUAGAGGGGGUUUAGUUGGACCUGUCGGUGUGUUUGGCCCUAUCGGUAGUCCAGGCCCGAGAGGAGACACUGGCAGCAAAGGAGAGAUGGGUGUUCAGGGACCUCGAGGUUCUCCAGGACCCCGUGGACCUCCGGGUCCGCCGGGAAUCCCAGUGGUUUCGAAACAGGAUUUUGGUCUUGGAUCGGCCCAGCCAGUUUUUAUGGAGACACACACACAGAAAAUAGAGGCUCGGGGGGUGAUGGACAUGCCCAUGCUGGAUCAGGCUCCAGAGAUCCUGCGGACUCUCCAUUACCUGAGCUCUUUGGUCCACAACCUGAAGAACCCGCUGGGCACACGAGAUCAUCCCGCUCGAUUCUGCAAAGACCUGCACGGCUGCCGGGACACGCUCUACGAUGGCACUUAUUGGAUCGACCCGAACCUGGGCUGCUCCUCAGAUUCUAUAGAAGUGACGUGCAAUUUCACCGGCGGCGGACGCACCUGCCUCAGGCCCAUCACCACAGCCAAGCUGGAGUUCAGUGUCGGACGUGUUCAGAUGAACUUCCUCCAGAUGCUGAGCGCCGGAGCGGAGCAACGAAUCACUAUCCACUGCUUGAACGUGACAAUCUGGAGCCACGCCCCCUCUGAGCCUCCAUCCCAGAAUGCAGUUCGGUUUCAGGCAUGGACCGGAGAGACGCUGGAGCCGGAUGUGUUAGGAGACGACUGCUGGCAACUAAACGGGCGCUGGCAACAUGCUGACUUCCUGUUCCGGGUGUCUGACCCCACCUUACUUCCUGUCGUACGUAUAAACAACCUACCAAAGACAACGGCCUCAUCGCGCUUUCACAUCGAAGUCGGACCUGUGUGCUUCCUUUAGUGUGUGUGUGUGUGUGUGUGUGUGAGAGAUUGUGAGUGUGUGUGCACUCAUCAAACCCCCCACAGCCUGCCCCCUUCAGCAUUCAGCCACUGAUUGGACUGCAGAAACAGAAAGAAGUGGUGUGGGCGGGGCUUUGGGGGAGUUAGCACUAGAGAUGUCUACAGUCUAAAGGAAAUCCCGCCUUUACCUGCCACGGAUGUCCAAUCAGAUUUGACUCCUCUAGAAAACAAGCCAAUCAUCUCGCAGGGAGGAACACUCAGGACAUCCGGGCUGUAGAAACUGUCAAGCUCUCUAUCUCUUGUCUUUCUCUCUUCUCUUUCUGUCAGCCUGUUUCUUUGGUGCUUGAUUUCUUUCAAAUUAAUAAUAAUAAUAAUAAUAAGUUAUUAUAAUACUCGUACUGUUACAAUAAGUAUCAACAGUUUAUUGAAGAGAAUUAAGAUCAUUGGGAGGUAUAAUAUGAACAUAUACACUUAUUGUUUAACUGAUAUUUUUUAUUGUAAUUUUGUCACAAGAAAAAGAAAGAAAUGCUAACGUGCAAUAGGAAAACAAAGAAAAAAAAGAUUAUUGAUUAUACUAUUUAGUGUGUCUCAUUAAGGAAGGUAAUUCAGGGGUGUUGUCAUUCAAACGUGUUAUUCUAACACUCCGUCAGACAGGGAAGUGUGUGUGUGUGUGUGUGUUUGUGUAAAUGAGCUUUGAAAGUGACUGUGAAUGUGUGUGUGUGUGUGUGUGUGUGUGUGUGUUUAUGGGACAGAUCAGUGAACAGGUGAAGGUGCAUACACACCUGUGAAUAUCAACAUACAUGACCCUUGUUUAUAAAACAGCCUGUCACUUUAAGGGGGCGUGUCUCAAUCAAAUGGGUUUGAGUCUUGUUGGAAGGGUUUAUAAGGGUGAAUCCCUCAUGAGAACAGGUCAGGGUCAUAUUUCACCCAAAAUGAGAAGGAAAGCACAUUUUGAAGAUCUGCAUAGUGACAUUUUUAUGACAAGCAUAUUUUUACCCCCUGCAAAAAAAUCAUUUUGACAUAUUUCAUAGUUACUUUUGUAAACUUGUGUUUUGGUUGUUUUGCUAUUAAGAUUAUUACAGUUAUAGAGAAUUUUUGAAUUGCUAAAAAACAUUACAGUGUAACAGUCAUAAGUAUUUCAGACAAAAAUGUGUUUAAUUGUCAAGAAAUGCAAGAAGUGGACCCACAAGGCUUUCUUUUGACUAUGCAAAAUGUACUUUUAAUUUCUUUAUCUUUUGUAAUUUAACUUUUUUUUAUUGAAGAGAAAAAUAUAAAUAACUUUUUGACAAAGGCAUUUCUUAUUGAAUAAUAAUAAUUGUGACUUUUUAUCUUUUUAAUGUGCCAAAAAAAAAAAAAAAAAAGAGUCAGAAUUGGGAAGAUGUUAACUUGAAAUUCUGAGUUAAAAAGUCAAAAUAUCGAAAUGCUAACACGAAAUUGCGACAAAGUUAGAAUUCUGAGUUUGUAUCUUGCAAUUUUUGUUGCAGAAUAAACAAACAAACAAAAAUAAUUGCAACUUUUUAUCUCAAAAUUAUUAUUUGCAAUAUCCAUAGUUAUUACUCUCAAGCACAAAAUAUCACAGCAGCUUAUGUAUUUCUUUAACAUUUUGGGUAAAAUAUGACUUAGUCGUGUUCUUGACAGGUUUUUUUGUGAGAUUCACCCAUUACAGGUUUAUCUCGGUUACAAUGGUGCUCAUUUGAAGCUGAUGUAAAGUCAAUGCUUUUGUUUAGUGCCCGUGUUAUUCUGAAUUAUUUUAGUGUAUUUUGUGUACUUUAAAGGUGCUCUCAGAAAUACCGGCCGAAAUCCAUGUUGAAUCCAGAUGUGGCAUUCAGUCUGAGCGUUAGCUGCACAUCUGUGCAGACCUGCAUGUUGAAUGCACUACACAAUAAGCGUGUGUCCUCUCCUCUGUGGUACAGAACAGUUUUGUACCUUCACUUCACUAGCCCAAAAAUCAACUAAUGCCUUUUAUAAGGGAAAACAUUUCUGUAACUAGAACUGAUGUCAGAAAGUGCAUUAUCAUUCGCAAAUAAUGGUCAAAGCUUUUUUUCAUGACCGUGUGUAUAAGUCUGCAGGCUUUGAUGUAUACAGUGGGUCCCUUUUUGCUAAUUUAAUGUUAUUUAAAUGUUACAAAUGCGCUUUUAACCGAAUUCUCUGUUGUGACGGAGUUUCUCUCCAGGUAACUUAAUUGUCCGUAUGCUAAGUAUUCGUACGGUUAAUAGUUGAUUUAUUUUAUUUGUAAAUUUGGUGUUCCAGAGAACAAUAUAUUGCAUUUUCAAUCUGUUUUUAUUUUUCUAUCCUGUUUAUUUUUGUCUAUAGUAUUAAUGAUAAUAAUCUAAAGUCGUACUGUAGCAAGACGUUCUAUAUUAUUUCUAAAGUUCUACGAGGAAUUUUAAAACAUGUGAACAUUCCGUGUCAGAAGGUUGGAAUUCUGAUUACCUCAAUGCUCUGCCAUUUCUGUUUGUGAAAAUUCACCUCUCAAAUUCAAGGGUCAGUAAUCUCGUCUCUGUCGGCUUCAUCAUAAUCCGCUUCUUCUCUGAACACGUCCUCCGUUUUGCUGUGUUGUUUUUCAGUUUUCCGUACUUGGUUAAAAAUUUAGAUUCUCAAU